AUGGUCCAGGUCACCAUCACCCCUCCGAUGCACGCGAACGUGCACUCCAGUGCGAUCGUCUCGAAGCUGCGCUACUCCAAGACGUUCACGCAGGAGGUGGCCGAGCGGCUCAACUUCGUCGGUGGCAUCAAGGAUCAAGACAGGCCGCGCGCCGCCUGGGCGCGGGAGAAAGGGUGA